AGAUAAACCAAACAUCAAACAUGUCCAAUGUAAUCAUCCAGAAUAUUAAUCUUUACGAUCUUGAGCUUCAAGGAAACUCCUCAAGUGAUGAAGAAGAGGAAAAUAUUGCAAAAAAUCAACAGAAACAGCCUUCAAUCACUUCAUAUUUAAUUAAAAAAUCACCUAGACAACAAAGUACAGAAAACGGAGCUGAAAAGCUGAUUGAAUGCGAGAUUAGUGCUGAUUUAGAUAAAUCAUCUAGCUUGGAAGUGAACAAAGCUGUAAAGAGUCCAGUGAAUAGUCAAAGCAGUAGAAAAUCAAAUGGAUUACCACAAAAAACAGGAGAAACUGCCAAAAGUUCAACAACUUCAAGUCCAACUAGUCAAAAAACAUCAAAUUUAUCAAAUUUGUAUCAAUUAAUCCAAAACAAUUCAAAUCAAGCUAGUAGCUCAACAGAUUCAAACACCAGCAACACCCAACAACCAAAAAUUACUCAAAAAUCAGCAUCAGAUCAUCAAACAACCUUAAAUCUACCAACAGAAGUUGUCAUAAAAGAGGAACUCAUUGAAAUCGAUGACGAUCCAGUCAUCCAACAAACAUGGCAAGAUUUAGAUCAGCAUUCAUUUAUUAAGCAAGAAAAUGAGCUAAUGGUUCCACCAGACAGCUUAGAUGGCGAGAAUAUCAUGGAAGAUGAGAUUGAGGAACAAGAUUUGAGGAAAAUCAUGUCACAAAGUCAAGAUCCUGAGAAUGCAAAUGCCAGUUUUGAUGAUUCUUUGUUAAAGACUUGUGAAAGUUUAGAAGAUGAAGUUGAACUAAUUAAACCUAAUGGAGACUCAGGAACGCUUGAUGAGAAAUUUGGAUUCUUCUACAAAGGAAGCGGAAGUUCGCAUAAAAAUGUAGAGCAACUUGAUGAGGACAUGAUGACAAGUCAGGACAUUCCGGUAGAUUUCGAUGAUAGUUUGAUGGAACUUGAAGGAAAUCCAGCUAAAAGGAUGAGGAUUGAUGACAGAAGCAUUCAAAAGACUCCGGAAGGUUCUCUUAGUUCCAACAAAAUCUACACACACACAAUUGUCAAGUCAUUGCCAAAAGGAAUCACAGUUAAAAGAACAAGUGGAAGACAAGUUGCAUGCAAGUCAACCAGUUCGAAUGCUGGUCCAUCUCCAGAUAAGCAAAGUACCUCACUUGAUUUUAGCAAUACUGAAAAUCCAGGCACAAAUGGUAAAGUUAUUGCAAAAAUAGGCGAAAAUAUAGCAAAAAUCGGAGAAACAUUUGUGAAAUUUGGCUCAAGUGUGAAGAAUUCUGAGCAGCUGCUGCCAACCAAGCUAGCCGUGUCAAAUGAGCAAGAUGAAUUCAUUGUUACCGCAAUUAAGGAAGAACCAGACGAAGAUAUUGAUAUGGAGCAAGACUAUACUGAAGAAUUUAUAGAAGAACCAUCCGAACCAGAGCCUGAAAGAUUAGCAACGAAUUCAGAACUAACAAAAACCUUCAACAAAAAUAUCGGAAUUGUCCAUAAAGUUGGUGAAAUAGCGAAUCGAAUUGUGGACAGGAUCAACGCUAAACGAGGCGAAACAUCCCAAUAUGUAAAAACAUCUUCUCCAAAAAUUGGCGUAAGUCCCAAAAAAUUCGGCCUCGACCCUUCAAAAGUUGGUGGAAAUUUCAUAAAAGUUGGUCAAACUACAAAAGGAAGUCCAAUAACCUCAAAAGUAAUAAUAACCACAAAAGUGAUUCAAAAUCCCGUACAAAGUUCAUCAACAACACCUCAAAGAUUAUCAAUGCCAUCGACCAGCUACUUUAUGCCUAAAAACUUUCUAGACCUUCAAAUUAAGGAAGAGAAGCUUGACGAUGAAGCAAAAAUCUCAACUGAUCCGAAUGACUUCCUAGAAUCGAAAAUCAAGGAAGAAGAUCCCGAUGAAUAUUUUACAACAGCCUACAACCAAAACAUAACCUCAAAACCUUUAAAUUCGACAGUCACAAGCACAUCGGACACAAUUGUGUCUACAAAAAUUGUCACUUUGCCAGCUUCAAACUUACUAAAAACAAGAAAAAUUAUUGUAAUCAAAAAACCAGUCACACCUGGAACCAAACCAGUUUCUGGACAUUCCAUACAAAGAGCCUUAAAGUCUCAAAUGAGAUCGGGUGGUGUUAGUGGAUCUGAAAAUACAAGAUAUAUCAUUAAGACAGUGUCGAUGCCAAACAAGACGAUAAAAAUUGAAAAUAGUCAAAAAUCAUCGCUCCAAAUUGCAAGCAUAUCAGGUGCACAGAAUCAAGGUCCAUCUACAAGCUUCAGAACAAUCACAUACCCAAAGUCUGAAUCUACAGUAGUUGUAAAGAAUCAAACAGAUGCGAUUUAUAGAUGCUAUAAGUGUCAUUUGCUGUUCUCAUCACACAGUGAGUAUACUGAGCAUCUUAAAGAGCAUAGAAUCCCACAAGGAAUCGUAUUCAAUGAGAAGCGAGUGAUCAAACUUGAGGAACUGCAAAAAAUGAAUGCUUUCCAAUGUGCUCAAUGCUCAGCUGGAUUUCCAACAAUGGAGAAGCUUUCAGCACACGAGAAUCGCCACAAAACUGAAUUUAGCUGUAAAUAUUGUGGAAAGACAUUCUUACAGAUGUACAGGUACAAGGAGCACUUAGCACAGCAUGAGCAAAAGAAGGAGAAAUACUUAGAAUGUGAACAUUGUGACAAGAAGUUCCUCAAACAAUUCAGACUUGAUGAACAUGUGAUGAAUGCUCAUGCAAUUAUGGAACUACACAUAUGUGCCUAUUGUGACUUAAAAUUUCCAUCAAGUUCGUUGCUUCUUGAUCAUCAGAAAACAGCUCACACAAAGAAGACAGCAAUGAAGUGUGGACUUUGCAACUAUGAAACUUAUGUUAAACAAAACUUUGAGAAGCACGCGAGCAUGCACAUGAGAUAUGUUGAGAAACUUAAUUCCAAUCAAUUCUUUAAAUGCGAUCAGUGUCCACAGUCAUUCAGGGAGAAAGGUGUGCUGGAGAUGCAUAAGCAGCAUAUGCACAGUUGAUGAGGUAUUUUGAGGUUAGGAUUUUUCUAUUUCUUACUGUAAAAUUUAAAUAAUGGAA